AUGGCAGAGGAAAACCCUCAGUUCAAGAGUUUCCUGACCUGCAGCGUGUGCACUGAGAUCUUCAAGGACCCGGUGUCUCUGGGCUAUCACCACAGCUUCUGUUCCAGCUGUCUCCAGGACUUCUGGGCCCAAGCUAAGAACAAGAACUGUCCCGUCUGUAAGAGGAAAUCCUCAAAGGAUGUAGUCAUUAACUUUUCCAUCAAGGAGCUCGCUGACUCCUACGCUGGAAGACAGAGGUCUGACCCCUCUGAUGAGGCCCAGGUGGUCUGCCCUGAACCCUCCAAGAGGUCUGACCCCUCUGAUGAGGCCCAGGUGGUCUGCACUGAACCCUCCCAGAGGUCUGACCCCUCAGAAGAGGCCCAGGUGGUCUGCACUGAACCCUCCCAGAGGUCUGACCCCUCUGAGGAGGCCCAGGUGGUCUGCACUGAACCCUCCCAGAGGUCUGACCCCUCUGAGGAGGCCCAGGUGGUCUGCACUGAACCCUCCCAGAGGUCUGGCCCCUCUGAGGAGGCCCAGGCCAGGAGGAGGAGACACCAGGAGCUGGAGGAGACGUAUGAGGCCAUGGUUCCUCACCUCAAGGGACAGCGGGUGAAGACCGAGAGGCGGAUCAGAGCAGAGUUUGAACAGCUUCACCGGUUCCUGAGAGAGGAAGAGGAGGCCAGAGUGGAGGCCCUGGGAGAGGAAGAGGAGCAGAAGAGGAAGAGGAUCCUCCUGGAGAGGAAGACCCUUCAGGAGCAGAUCCGGUCUCUCUCAGAGGGUCUCUCGGCUGUAGAAGCAGACCUGCAGAAGGACGGCCUGUCGUUCCUCAGCGCUUCCACGCGCUCCCGGACCAGCGCCAGAGCCCUGCUCUCCGGUUCUGAUCCCCAGCUGCUUCCUGGAGCGCUGCUGGACGAGGCCAAACACCUGGGAAACCUGGUCCACAGAGUCUGGGAGAAGAUGGGGCAGAGGAACUUCAGCCCCGUUACUCUGGAUCCAAACACUGCAGCACCCUGGCUCUCUCUGUCUGAUGAUCUGACCAGCGUGAGAGUUAGCGAUGUAACCCAGAAGGCUCCUAACAACCCAGAGAGGUUCACUAGGUACCCUGAGGUUCUGGGCUCUGAGGGCUUCAGCUCAGGGGAACACUGCUGGGAGGUGGAGGUGGGAGACCUUCCUAUCUGGAGAAUAGGUGUUGUUAAAGAGUCAGUGGAGAGGAAAGAAGAGCACACUCUUUCACCAGAUAAUGGGAUCUGGUGUUUAUUAUAUACCAGUGGAGAGUACACUCAGGGUACUCGUAAAACCCAGACAUUGAAGAGGACUCCAGAGAGGAUCAGAGUCCAGCUGGACCAUGAUGGAGGGGAGGUGUCCUUCUACGACCCUGAAGACAUGACUCUCAUCUACACCCAUCAACACACUUUCACUGACAACAUCUUCCCUUAUUUUAGUGUUGGAGCAGCAGGUGAAGCCCGGACCAAAGAUGUUAGAGUGUAUGGUGACUCCUCACGCACUCUAGAUUGA